GUACCGACGGCACAAUCGACACGUACUUCGGGCAGUAGUUCGCGGGGAUCGUCUUCGUUGAACAGUUCUCGUUCUAGUCUAGCUUCAUCACGGACUAUUCCGGCACUGAAAAGGCCAACUGCUGGCGUGCAUUCAACGACGGCACGUUCGGCAGCCACAACAACCACCUCACAUCUUUCAGUCACGUCAAAAACAACAAACAAACUAUCAAAAACUCGUGAUAGUCUGGGUUUGGCUCGGAAUCAUUUGAAUGGAAAUGCAAAUCGGACGAAAGCCACAAAUUCCACUGCAGCAUUUCCCGAUAAGAAGCGGAUCAUGCAUGCAAGCGAUCCAACAAAAACGACCACAUCUUCACAUAGCACCAUACCAACCAGUAUUACUCAUAACACUUCUGGCGUAAUCGAUAAUAUGCGCAAGGUUUUGGAACAGCGACUGAAUGUGAGCUUGCCACAUGAACGUGAUCAACUGGCUACAUCUCUUGCGGACGGCAUUCAUCUAUGUAAUUUUGUAAACUCAGUUCGUGCCCGUUCUGUACCCACUGUGCUUACAUCUUCCUCCCCAACGGUUCGUUCUCAACACCUAUAG